GCGGCGGCACAGAGGAGACAGCCUGACGUCACGAGAGGCGGGCAGCGUUUCCGGCCCUAGACGGAAGCUCUGACUGCGGCGGCAUCCGGGACUGCGAGCGGGCGGGCCACUCAGGACAGGAAGGCACAGAGCAUGGAGAAUGAUGAACUUCCGUCAGCGGAUGGGAUGGAUUGGAGUGGGACUGUAUUUGCUAGCAAGUGCAGCAGCAUUUUACUAUGUUUUUGAAAUCAAUGAGACUUACAACAGGCUGGCUUUGGAACACAUUCAGCAGCACCCUGAGGAGCCUCGGGAAGGAACCACAUGGACACACUCCUUGAAAGCUCGGUUACUUUCCCCGCCCUUUUGGUUGUGGACAGUUAUUUUUCUGAUACCAUACCUACAAAUGUUUUUGUUUCUUUAUUCUUGUACAAGAGCUGAUCCCAAAACAGUGGGCUAUUGUAUCAUCCCCAUAUGCUUGGCAGUUAUCUGCAAUCGGCACCAGGCAUUUGUCAAGGCUUCUAAUCAGAUCAGCAGGCUGCAACUGAUUGACACAUAAAGCCAGUCACCGUUUUUUCCCUUAUGAUUACAAAACUGUGGGCACUACAUGGAGGCUGAUCACAAGACUGAAGUUUCCUCACAAAUCUCAGGAAGUUGUGGUGGAACAGAGACUUAGAAAAUGCGACAAGAGGACUAUUUUAUCUGAAUAAUAAUGACUUUUUAGGUAAAGCCUGAGAAACAGUACUACAGAAUCAUGUUGAUGACUUCAGAUAUUGGAAGUAAAAUAAUGGCUUGUUAUUUGCAGUCUUUAGAAACUUGAAAAAGUACCCGAAUUUUUAUUUCUAGUCUAUCUAUGUGCAACAUAGUAUGAUUCAGAAAUUUUUCCAUUGGGGAAAACAAUGAAUAUAUCCAUGUGCUAAGUGUAAAAAGGUCUGGCCAUGAUCAUAAAAUUUAAAUUUUAUACAAUUA